AUGGACAUGAGCUCCAGAACCACCAGCAGCACUGCAGCAGCAUCGGCUCCCCACAACCACCAGCAGGAGGUGAUGGUGUCAUCCCCCAUUAUAAAGGAGGAAGCUAGGAGCCCAAAGCAGGCAGAGGCCACGCAACAGGCAAGUGCCAGUGGGGAGCGUAAGCCGCGGCCACAACCGCCUGAGGCUCUCAGGUGCCCACGCUGCAACUCCAACAACACCAAAUUUUGCUACUACAACAACUACAACACAACACAACCGCGCUACUUCUGCAAGGCAUGCCGCCGCUAUUGGACACAUGGCGGCUCCCUCCGCAAUGUCCCCGUUGGUGGCGGGUGCCGCAAGAACAAGCGCACCUCCGGAUCCGUAGGCUCUGGCACCUCAUCAUCCUCAUCCGCUGCCUACGCACCAAUAUCCCCCCGCACUAACACCAGCUCCAGCGAGAUGAACAUCAACACACAACUAAUGAUGGUGCCUAACAUGACCAUGCCUGCCCCAACGACGAUCGGCUUAUUCCCCAAUGUGCUCCCGACACUUAUGUCAACUAGUGGAGGCGGCGGCUUUGACUUCAUCAUGGACAACCAACAUGUCUCCCUGCCCUUCACGCCAAUGUCUCUAUCUAACCAGGCGUCAGUGCCGGUGCUGGCCGCGGGAGGGAGUGGGACAAUGCCAUCUUUCUUGGAGAUGUUGAGAAGGGGGCUUCUUCCUAGUAACAGUAGCUACGACACAUGCCUCGCGAUGAGUGGCAUCAACAACGAAAUGGACAUGCCAUUUUCGCUACCAUCAUAUGGUACAAUGCAUGGGAAUGGGUUGAGUGGCUCAACCACUAAUGAUGCCAGACAACUGGUGGGGACUCAGCAGGGAGUGAACACCGACAAUGGUUUUGUAGGAUCACCUGGAGUGCAGGAGGAGGAGGAGGAGGAGGAGGAGGAUAACAAGGCCAUGGUGAAGAGUAGCAAGAGCAACAAUUGUGGGUCAUUUUUGGACCGCUACUGGACCAAGCCCAACAACAACAACAACAACAACAACAUGGGGUAG